GCAGUUUCUAUAUCUGUUGAUAAUCUCGGUGAAGCUCAACGAAUGUUGUUGGAGCUGACUCAAACGGCGUCUCCCUACGCCCCUUCUUGUGCAGAAAGGGUUGUGGCUUAUUUUGCUGAAGCCAUGGCUAGCAGAGUUAUCAACUCGUGGAUCGGAGUAUGCUCCCCUUUGAUCGACUACAAAAGCGUGCACAGCUCGUUCCAGAUCUUCAACAACAUCUCGCCAUUCAUUAAAUUCGCGCACUUCACCUCUAAUCAAGCAAUCUUGGAGGCAUUCCAUCGACAGGAUAGAGUCCAUAUAAUUGAUCUCGACAUCAUGCAAGGUUUGCAAUGGCCGGCGCUAUUUCACAUACUAGCAACUCGCCUUGAGGGUCCGCCUCAAGUUAGGAUGACAGGAAUGGGGAGUUCAAUGGAGCUCUUGGUGGAGACUGGAAAGCAACUGUCUAAUUUCGCCAAGCGCCUUGGGAUGUACUUUGAGUUCCAUCCCGUGGCCACAAAGUUUGGGAACAUCGACUUAUCCAUGUUGCAAAUCCGAAAAGGAGAAGCAUUAGCCGUGCAUUGGCUGCAACACUCUUUUUACGACGCCACAGGACCUGAUUGGAAGACAAUGAGACUCCUUCAAUGUCUAUCUCCAAAAGUUAUUACAUUAGUGGAGCAAGAAAUAGGACACGGGGGCUCGUUCUUGGACCGGUUUGUAAGUUCCCUCCAUUACUAUUCUACCAUUUUCGACUCGCUUGGAGCUUUCUUGCCAAGUGAUGAUUCAAGUCGUCAUUGCGUGGAGCAUUGCCUUUUGUAUAGAGAGAUUAACAAUGUAUUGGCGAUAGGAGGGCCAGCUCGAAGUGGCCAAGAUAAGUUGAGGCAAUGGAGGAGUGAACUUUCAAGAAAUGGAUUCAUACAAAUUCAAAUGAGCACAAACUCCAUGGCUCAAGCACAACUAAUACUCAAUAUGUUCCCUCCUGCUUAUGGCUAUAGCCUUGUCCAAGGAGAUGGAACUCUCAGACUUGGGUGGAAGGACACUAGCUUGUAUACUGCUUCUGCUUGGACUUCACAUGCUUUAAGAUAAUUAUUCUAUACAUGGAUGCUAAUUUUUCUAAUCUAAAGGGUUGUUUGACA